AUGGAUGUUCGUGGUUAUAAACACUCAUACUCUGCUCGGUCCCCUGCUAAACGCAGCCCUAGCCCCAGUCCUCGCAGAUGGAACAGCUAUGAGGAUGACUCAAGAAAGCGUUUCAUGUCUCCUAGUGAUUGGCCCGGGAAACAGAUUUUAACUCAUGUUGCGGCCCAAACACCAGCAAUGCUGCCUGUGGGCCCUGAAAUGGACAAUGUUGAUGAUAGUGACAACAUUUCAAAAGACAUUCAUGUGAUUGCGGGCGCUGGCCGGGAUGUGCUAGCGUCAUAUGUGAGAGGAGUGAUUGAAGGUGUGGAGGUGCAAAUAUUAGUCAACUCCGGUGUCAUGAGCUCCAUGAACGUGACAGGAUAUUCAGGAGGAGGAGUCACGAUCACAUGCAAAUAUAAGACAAAAUAUUCGGCAAAGUCUUUUUGUCGAGUUGAUCAGAGGUCCACAUGCUCUGAACUCAUCAAGACUGAGACUAAAGAUAAAUGGGUUGAUUCUGGAAGAUUCUCUCUGUAUGACGACACAAGAUCAGCAGUCUUGAAAGUGACCAUCAGAGAUCUGAGUGAAGAGGAUUCUGGGACGUACAACUGUACAUUUGGUAAAACUAGAGGAAAAGAUUCCUACACUGAAGUGAAUCUGAAGGUUAUAAGAGAUCAACAAAACAGGACUGUGAGAGGAUAUUCAGGAGGAAACGUCAUUAUAAACUUCAAAUAUAAGACAAAACACAAGAACAAUGUAGAAGUCUGUAAAACUGCAGCAGAUCAAUGUUUGACUGUAAUGAACACUAACAGAACAGCAGAACAGAAACAUGACGGACGAUUCUCUGUUUAUAAUAACAGAUCUGCAGAUCUCUUACGUGUGUUUAUCAGAGAGCUGAAUGUGAAUGAUUCUGGAAAAUAUAAGAUUACAGUCAAAGUUACUAAACAAUACAGUUUCUUCUCUGAGUUUAAUCUGGACAUCAGAGACGAUGAUUGUUGUGAGAAGAGCAUCAGUCUAUCAGCUGCUGCAGGAGGAUCUGUGAACAUCAGCUGCAAAUACCCACAAUCCCACAGAAAAGAUGUGAAGUUUCUCUGCUGGAGAUCUGGAGAUGAUCUCUGUGCUGAAGAGACGUCUGUGAAGGAGAGCAGAAGAUGGAGUCCUGAGGGAAAGAUCCAGCUGUUUGAUGACAGGGAAAAGCAGCUCCUGAUGGGAAGCAUCAGUCAUGUGACUGAACAACAUUCAGAAUACUGGUGUGGAGUUCAGUCUGAUCAAGGACACAAGAGCUUCAUCACACGAGUCCAGAUCGAUCUUACAGGCUCUUCUCUGAUCAUCCCUCUGGUUCUGUUUUUUCUGGUUCUGAUCACAGCUGGACUCUUAUUACUGUUUUUCUGUAAGAAGCGUCAGUCUCAAGGUGGUGAUUCGUCAUCUCAGACUGGACCAAGAAAACAUGAAGUGGUUUCUCACACUGGUUGUGAUUAUGAGGAGAUUAAAGAUGCUCACACACAAUUACCCACAAACCCCUCUGAUUCUAACUGCGUUUACGCUACAGUUCAGAAAGCCACUGGUGACUCUCAGUGCUGCAUCACAUCUGCUGAGGAUCUGAAUUAUGCUGUGGUGAAUUUCCACAAGAAAUCUGACUGUCCUGACAGUGUCAGUAGCAGGAAUAAUCAGGAUUACAGUGAAUACGCUGCUGUCAAUCAUCUCACUGCUUGACCAACAACAGCAGAGAAUAUAAAUGAGCUGAAUGUUUUAUCACCUUGUCUUUAGCAUUAAGUUUGCAUGUUUGGUGUUUUUUGUAAGUCUUCAGUGAUGCUCCUUUUCCUUAUAUUUUAGUCAGUUUUGUGAAUCAGACUUUUGACUGUUGGAAUGAAGUCUGUAAUAUGCAUGAAUUAUGGAAAGCUGAAAUGCACAUAAAAGCACAGUGUCUGAGCUUUAUGAGUGUCCGUUGUGAAGCCUGAGGUCUUUUUAGCUUUUGCUCAAAAAAUGUUUAUUCCAGAAAAUUGACUCCCCACUGAUGUAAUUGUAAUGUAACAGAGACUCGUUCGAGCUCAGGUUGAGAUCCAUAUGUGGCAGAAUAAGUGAUUUAUCUUAUUGGGCUGUUUGGGGUAUGGUUUUGAGCAGACCAAUGAGGUAGAAGCGGCCGUACCAUUUAAAGACCCUUACUUUGGUGAGUGUGUAUGUAUACUGCUGAUUCCGGGUUCUCCUCUCCCUGGCAUUUCCGUUCCCGUUUUUGUUCAUGUUCAGGUAUGUUGAGACUCUGCUGACAGUGUAAUGAUGUGUUCAGUUCGAAGCUAAUAUGAAAUAGUUUAAUUAUAGCGGAGCUGGUGGCAUAGGUGGCAAGUUUGUGGUGGAGUUUUCUCUUAGGUAGUUUGGUAUCCGCAUUAAAUUUCUUGAUCACUUGUGG